UUUGUUUGAUUCGUCGGCGAAUACUUGACACUUGAUACAAAUCACUUUUCACCAAAUAUUUCUUGUCUUUUCGUAGAAUUGACAAGUUUCGAUAUAUGUAUACUAUAGGUACAUAUACCGAUGAUUACAAACGUUUCAAUGAUCAUCUGUUGCAACUUUGUACGAAACGUUUAAUAAAUGAUUUAUAAUUUAAUUCUGAAUAAUAAAAAAAAAAGAUACGGAGCAAGCGAUAGAAAGAAAAGUGUACAGUCCCGCGAUAAAGAAAGUGUUUGACAACAGUUAUCGUUGGAACGUAAUGUAGUUUGAUUGGUAUUUAAAAAUUCCGUGAUACAAUCUAAAAAUAUCGUGCAAACGUUUCACUCUGUCCAUAUAUUUCGUUCCAUUUGACAUGAUUUAACGACGAAUACCCGUGAGUUGUAUUACAUACAAGUACUGUACGAAGUAACGCCACAGGGCAGACCAGAGACCACCGAUCACAUACAGGGUAUACACACACCCUUUGCACGCCGUAGUGGCACAGCCACACUUUGCCACAUCGAUUUUACCGGCUUGCUUGCACUCACACUCGGUCGACCCGUUCACUGAAGGAAUGUCUCAUAUGCCUCCCUCCGGCUCCCUUUUCCUCUCCCUUUGCCCCUCCUGACCCUCCCCCUGUAAAACCUCUCCGUCAGUCGGACCGGGUCUCUUUCCAACUUACACCACCGUCCGUCCCUCUCCGGCGUGCUCGGUAACCUCUGUUUGCCUUCCUCUUCCCCGCUUUGCUUCCUCUCGAUCUCUCUUAGUUUCCCUCUCGCUCCCACCGAAUUUCUCUCUCUCUCUCUCUCUCUCUCUCUCUCUCUCUCUCUCUCUCUCUUUCUUCUCUGUCCGUUGUGAUCGCGGAGCGGUAGCGCCGUCGCGGGGAGAUGGAUGUUGCACCUUUUGCCGCAUCUCGGAAUCUCGCGCGUUGCUCAUUUGCCGUACAUAGGAGCGGUGAGGAAAGAAGAGGAGAGGAGAGGAAAGGAAAGAGGGAGUGCGAGAGUAAGCGAGCAAAGGGAGAAAGAGAAACCUCCGGCUAGAUAGUAGUUUGCGAGCGGGGGCACGGUGGUCGGACAGUUCCAGUUCCGUUUCGAUUAGGCGAGUCCACGUCGGGGUUUUUGGCUCGCUUGCGGCCCGUGGAAACGUUACGCGUAAUGCCGUUUAUCGUGGCCAUUGACGGCACUCGGUGCUGCUGGUGCUGUUGCUGUUUACCCGGCGAGCUAACCGCACGCCACUUUUACAAGUGGAACUGCACUGCCGAGGAAGACACGAAGUGAACCAAGCUUCGUGCGUGUGGUCGGAAAGAUAGCUUACGUGCGGCGUUUAAAUCGUUCGAUACACGACCUCCAUGGUUAUGGCCAUACCCGAACCAGAUCGUCAGGGUUAGAGGAGUGUGCACUGUAAAAUCCGCAUGUCCCGAUUCACUGGAUGUCUGCUGGGUCACAAAUUCAGAUGGCACCCCAAUCAACUGUAAACUCUGGUCAGUCGGUUCAUAGUCAAGAUUCGAACAUGAGCACUGGCUCAUCGCAUAGUGAUAAGGAGGUAGACCCGAAUACUCCGGAAAAGGUACCAAGAACUCCUUCGGAAAGAAAAAGAAAGCGAAAAGCUGACGAUGGCGGUGGAGGAAUUACGGGAGGACCUAUAGGAAGUAAGGGUUCCAGGUCUGUUGCUGCCCUCGAGAAUAAAAAGAUCAAUGAGUAUUUUCCAAAGCAUCAUUUGGGCAGUAGUCCCAUUCGGCACGGUGGUGCUAAAAGCCCCUCUCCUCAACAGGGUUAUCCCAUGUAUCCACCAUCGCCUCAACAACUCCUUUCACCGCAAGUAACAACACCCAAUUCUUCGGUGGCAGAAUUCUCUUCAUUGAUGCAGCCACCGAGACCUCUUCCUCAACCUCCACCUCCUCCUCCACCAGCCUCGACACAACCUGCAGGCUCGAUGGUCAGCAAGCAGGUGCAGGUAAGGCCUACCAACCUCAGUAGGACAAGCCAGGUCAGGCAAGCGAAGACUAACACCCCAAAUACAGAACUUACUUGCCAGAGGAUACAGGAAUUUGAGACUCAAGCCUCUUCAGAUUUAGAAUUACGUAACAGCAAAAUUGAUGAGUUGAAUAGAACGACAGAUGAACUUAGGCAUCAAAUGGCUAAUCAACAGAAACUGAUUGAGCAGCACAAAUCCCAUAUAAAUAAAUGUAUAGACGUUGUAAAGAAAUUACUGAAAGAAAAAUCAAACAUAGAAAAAAAGGAGGCUAGGCAAAAGUGUAUGCAAAAUAGACUGAGAUUGGGUCAAUUUGUGACUCAGAGGGUGGGUGCGACGUUUCAAGAAAACUGGACGGAUGGUUACGCGUUUCAAGAAUUAGCACGACGACAAGAAGAAAUUGCGACUGAACGAGAAGAAAUUGAUAAACAAAAAAAACUGCUACUAAAAAAGAGGCCAUCGAAUAGUGAAACUGGUAGAAAACGUAGUCAGCCACAACCUUCCUUGCACAAUGGCACGGAAGCUACGUUUUUGAAACCGGAUGCAGUACCUGGAUCUUAUACAUGGCAAGAGUAUUAUGAAGCUGACGAAAUACUCAAGUUAAGACAAAGUGCAUUGAAAAAAGAAGAUGCAGAUCUGCAACUAGAAAUGGAAAAACUCGAAAGGGAACGAAAUUUACACAUCAGGGAGUUGAAACGUAUUCAUAACGAGGACCAAUCAAGAUUUAACUCUCAUCCUGUAUUGAAUGAACGUUACCUUCUAUUAAUGUUAUUAGGAAAAGGUGGCUUCAGUGAAGUGCAUAAGGCAUUUGACUUAAAAGAGCAACGAUAUGUCGCUUGUAAAGUUCAUCAACUGAAUAAAGACUGGAAAGAGGAUAAGAAAGCUAAUUAUAUUAAACAUGCGUUACGGGAAUAUAAUAUACAUAAAGCUCUCGAUCAUCCUCGUGUUGUGAAGUUGUACGAUGUGUUUGAAAUUGAUGCCAAUUCCUUUUGUACCGUCUUGGAAUAUUGUGAUGGACAUGAUUUAGAUUUUUAUCUCAAGCAGCAUAAAACUAUACCUGAAAGAGAAGCGAGAUCUAUUGUUAUGCAAGUUGUGUCUGCAUUAAAGUACCUCAAUGAAAUAAAACCCCCAGUCAUACAUUAUGAUUUAAAACCAGGUAAUAUAUUACUAACUGAAGGCAAUGUUUGUGGAGAAAUAAAAAUUACAGACUUCGGAUUAAGUAAAGUAAUGGACGAAGAAAACUAUAAUCCAGACCAUGGGAUGGAUUUAACAUCUCAAGGAGCUGGUACCUAUUGGUAUCUUCCACCGGAGUGUUUUGUCAUUGGUAAAAAUCCUCCCAAAAUAUCGUCAAAAGUUGAUGUAUGGAGCGUGGGUGUUAUAUUUUAUCAAUGUCUAUAUGGUAAAAAGCCUUUUGGACAUAAUCAAUCUCAAGCUACAAUUUUAGAGGAAAAUACAAUUCUGAAAGCUACCGAAGUUCAAUUUGCAAAUAAACCGACUGUUAGCAACGAAGCAAAGAGUUUCAUAAGAAGUUGCCUAGCAUAUAGGAAAGAAGAACGUAUAGAUGUAUUGACAUUAGCUAGACACGAAUAUCUUCAACCUCCAGUGCCAAAACAUGGCCGACAAGCGAAUAAUCAACAGCAGCAGCAACAACAACAGAUUCAGCAACAGCAGCAACAAUCGUCGUUUACUAUUGGCAUGUUUAGUGGUAUGAACGCGUCAAGCAGUUCGUAGUGGAAAGAAACUAAAGACAAAAUCUUUGAUAUGCUAAUACAUGCCAAAUCUUGAACACUGAAUUGCACACCAUCUCAUCUUAGGAAAAUAGCGAUUGCUAUAACGAACUGUAAAUAGUAAAAACCCGGAUAGUAUCACCAUCACCAAUACCACGAUAACCACUACCACUCCACUACCACUAUCACUACCAUCUCCACCAUCUCUACAAACUAUACUUACAGGCCGACUAUAUAAAACAUUGCGAGAGAUGCGAGACUGGUCGCCGCAAGUCCAGGAGCUUGCGUCUUUCUACGAGACAAGCUACAUUAUUCAGCAUGACAAAAAUGUUGUGUUCGUAAAUAUUCAAUUGUAUUAUCGUUCCUUGUAUCAAACAGUGAGCUGACUUGAUAAUAGUGUUUAAAGAGAAACAGAAAAAAAAACAUGUGAUAAGUCAUUGUGAAAUUAAGUGAAGUUCAAAUUAAGAAGAAAAAGAAACAAAGGAGUGCGGCAACGGGAAUCAUUGGAAGUGAAUUACUCGGUGAAUAAAGAGCAACGGAAGCGAAAAUAUCCGAGGCAGAGCACGUCAAAGCAGUUAAGAGGGACUUUGCUUUCGCGGAGACGUUCCUCUCUUCUGAAGUUAUGUAUGUAUGAAUGAAUGUGACGAAAGAUUGUUAAAACUAGCGUGCGUGUAUAUAUUUAUACUAUAUAUAUAUAUAUACUAAUAAAUCCGAUAUAAUAUAUAUAUAUGGUGUAAAGAACAGGACAGCAUUGACAGUGGGAAGAUAACUGUGGUGGAUCCUCGCAUGACCUCCGUGCGGCCAAGUAUUCCAUGAAUAUUUGACUGCACAUCAUGUUACUUUAUUCAAAUAUUAACAUUAUUACUGAUAUCAUGACUAAUAACGAUUAACAUACACGAGGAGAUUUGGUUGGUUGUUCCUAUUCUGAAACGAGUGGGCUUUAUCUAUACUGGAUUGAUUGAUCUAAGGUUUGAAUAUAAAAACAUAAAAAAAAAACGUAAAUGAAUCGCGAUGCUCCCAAAUGAAAGAGAAACGUUUAGAAUCGUAGUCCACCGCUUAUUAUAUGCCCCAUGCACGUGUACAUUUUUAAUCCGAAAUUUCCUAAUCGAGUGGCUCCUUUUUUUUUUUUUUUUCGAGAGUGGACUUCGGCGCGUUAACUAUGAUCUUACAUUUUCGUGAUAUAUAUCUAUUUGUAUAAUCAGGCGUUAAAAAUUUUUAAGGUGAAAAAAAUCAUAAUACUGUACCGACCUGAUUAUUAUUUCUUUAUUCAUAAUUUGUUUUAUAUAUGUACGUUACAUAUAGAUAAUUAUGAAAUAGAA